AUGGAUCCAAUAUCAUUAAUUGCUCCUAUGCAGUCACCACCAAAUGAUGAUGUCCUGGAGUACAACCUUCAGCUCAUUGGUUCUUUGACUCUUCACGCCUUCACUACAAUGCCCAUGUUACCUUGGGUGGUGGCAGAGAUCAAGAGAAAGAGUCUAUCAAGAUCCAAAAACUCUCAGCCUGUCCGACCUGUUCGGCUAUAUGUAUCAGCCUUGUGUAUAUGCUGUGAGCCAGAUCCAGGAGAGAGCCACCAGUGGGAUCCUUUGAUUUGCUCUAGCAUCUUUGAGUACAAGCCACAGUCUCUCCAGAAACUGAUACACAAUAGCCAAGACCCCAGUUAUUUUGCUUGUAUACUAAAGGAAGAAAAUACGACACCUCAACAAAGCACAUGCUAUGUCUUCCGAUCUGCUGACCAAUCCAAAGUGCCUGAAAUAAUCGGCUCUAUUAGACAAGCUGGAAAGUUAGCCCGUCAAGAGGAAAUCCAUUCUCAUUUAUGCGAUGCAGAUGAUGCUUUCUCAAAAAAGUUUGAAGUCCUCUUCUGUGGUCGGGUGCUUGUAGCUCACAAAAAGGCCCCACCAGCUCUGAUAGAUGAAUGUAUUGAUAAAUUUAACCAUGUCAGCUGUACCAAAAAGCAAGAUACUGAUACUCUGUCUCCACUGACAGCGGAUAUUAGCACUGGAAUAUCCUUUGGUGACAAACUACGGUCUGUUUUUCAGUCAACGUUUAUUGAUGAGGAAAAACAGAAGCCUAUGCGUAAAUCUUUCUCACAGCCUGGCCUGAGGACUAACAACUCAUUUCACAGGGACUGGAAGGAUGGCCCCUGCAGCCUUCCGGGAUCCUUUGAGGAGGUCGACAGUGGUUUCGAUUUACAAAAUUCGAGUGAAGAAUGGAACUGUGUGCAGCCAACAGACAUGGAGGAAAACCAGACCAUGCUGUUCACGAUUGGUCAGUCGGAGGUUUACUUGAUCAGCCCUGACACAAAGAGGAUUGUUAUUGAAAAGAGCUUUAAGGAAAUAUCCUUUUGUUCUCAGGGAAUACAGCACGUUGACCACUUUGGCUUCAUCUGCAGGGAGCUUUUAAAAAAUGGAGGUUGUCAGUUCGUAUGUUAUGUGUUUCGAUGCACAAAUGAAGCUUUGGUAGAUGAGAUUAUGUUGACCCUGAAGCAAGCAUUCAGUGUAGCUGCUGUGCAGCAAAACUCGAAGAGUCCAACACCACUGUGUGAUGGAUGCCCCAUGCAGUGCAUGCACAAACUUUGUGAAAAGAUAGAGGGUCUUCCACCAUCCAAAGCAAAACUUGAAUUACAAAAGCACAUUACAACGUUAGAUAACCAGGAGCAGGCCUCUGUGUUUGAAGAAAUACAGAAAAUUCGCCCCAGAUCGGAGCAGAGGGAGAAUGAGUUCAUUAUUUCUUGGCUGAGGUGUCUGUACGAGGAAAAACAGCAAGAUCAUGUUCACAUGGUUGAGCCAGUGCAGAACUCCCAGAUUGCAGCCAAUCCACUAACUGAGCUCCAGAGCAGCGCCCCACGCUUCAAAUUGGAACUGCUGAAGAGCAAAGCAAAGAGAUCACUGACAGAAUCGCUAGAUAGUAUUCUAUCAAGGGGUAGUAGGAGCAGAAGUCAGCAGGACAGCUCUAGAAGUAUGGACUAUGAAAGCUCUCUGUGCAGUCCUCUGGAAUACAGCAGUAAGGAGCCUUCCUUGUGUGAGAUAGAGGCAGCGUUAUCUCUCGAAAUGCCUCUAAAGGCGCAUGGUUCCAUGGGUGACCUACCAAAGGGAUCGGAGAGCUUCCCCUCUGAGCAUCCUGGAGAAUUAUCUCAUCAAGGAUUCAGACGCCGAGCUAACACGUUGAGUCACUUUCCUGUAACAGCUCAGGAUUUUCCAGAGCCUGUGCAGAAAACCCCAUCUGUUCCACAGAGAAAGCUCAUGCGACAUCACUCUGUGAGCACGGAGACUCCGCAUAAAAGAAAUUCCAGCACAGACCCGAAUGUGCCUGAGAGCAGUACAGCACAGUGUGAGCAAGCUGCUGCCACUUCUUUUCCUACAUCUGCAACAGCAUCCCCCUUAAUUCUCAGGAAGCUAAGGCACAACUCAAGUGGAGACCCCACUUCAGUAGGCACACAGAAGAGCCUUUUCUACCGUUCUUCCUCUCUUCGCAAGAAACUUCACUCUUCUUCCUCUGUGCCAAACUUCCUAAAGUUUUUGGCUCCUGUAGCAGAAAAUAGCUCUUCUGACUUUGACAAGGAACGUGACUUUGACUGCACGUCCAUCAACAGUGAGGUGGAAACUACAAGCCCUGUAAGAACACGGCGACAUUCUUGGAGGCAGCAGAUUUUCCUGCGUGUGGCCACACCCCAGAAGGGAUGCGAUUCUCCAAACAGAUUUGAUGAACGAGCAGAGCUAGGCGAUAUACCACCGAGAUCCCCUCUGCAGCCUGUUUGUGAAAACUGCCCAUUUGUUCAAGUAGCGACAGUCAGGCACCGGGCACCAGAGGAACUCCGAGAGCUUUGGAAGAAAGCCAUCUUACAACAGAUCCUGCUUCUCAGGAUGGAAAAAGAAAACCAAAAACUGCAAGCUUCAGAAAGUGACUUGCAAAAUAAAAGGCUGAAGCUUGAUUAUGAAGAGAUUACUCCCUGUCUGAAAGAUGUGACCCUUGUAUGGGAGAAGAUGCUGGUCAUACCUGGAAGAGUAAAAAUUAAGGUUGAUAUGGAAAAAAUUCAUGCUGCUGUUGGGCAAGGAGUACCUCGACCUCACCGGGGAGAAAUAUGGAAGUUUUUAGCAGAGCAGUAUCAGCUGAGACACCAAGUUCCCAAUAAAAGCCAGUUAAAAGAUAUUCCAUACAAGGAACUGCUGAAGCAACUGACCACACAGCAGCAUGCAAUACUUAUUGAUCUUGGACGCACCUUCCCGACACACCCAUACUUCUCAGCCCAGCUGGGAGCAGGACAGCUGUCACUGUACAACAUUUUGAAGGCCUAUUCCUUGCUGGAUCCUGAAGUGGGUUACUGCCAAGGACUCAGCUUUGUUGCCGGAGUGCUGCUUCUACACAUGAGUGAAGAGGAUGCAUUUAAAUUGUUAAAGUUUAUCAUGUACGACACGGGACUGAGAAAGCAGUACCGGCCUGAUAUGGUUACUCUACAGAUCCAGAUGUACCAGCUGUCUCGCCUUCUCCAUGACUAUCACAGAGAUCUGUACAACCACCUGGAGGAAUUUGAGAUAGGCCCCAGCCUCUAUGCUGCCCCUUGGUUCCUCACCAUGUUUGCUUCACAGUUCCCCUUGGGUUUUGUGGCCAGAGUGUUUGAUCUGAUUUUUCUGCAGGGAUCAGAAGUUAUAUUUAAGGUUGCUCUAAGUUUACUGGGCAGUCACAAGCCCCUAAUAUUACAGCAAGAAAACCUUGAAUCUAUUGUAGAAUUCAUAAAGAAUACUCUCCCAAAUCUGGGGUUGGUUCAGAUGGAGAAGACUAUAAACCAGGUAUUUGAAAUGAAUAUUUCAAAGCAGUUGCAAGACUAUGAGGUGGAGUAUCACGUGCUCCAAGACGAACUGAUAGACUCAUCACCGCUCAGUGACAAUCAGAGAAUAAAUAAGUUAGAAAAGGCAAAUAAUAGCUUACACAAACAAAACUUUGACCUUCUGGAGGAGUUGCAGGUAUCUAAAGGAAGAAUCCAAAGUCUAGAAUCCACAAUUGACAAUCUGCAAAGCAAUGAGGUUAAAUUAAAGCAAUCCCUCCGCACUAUGGAACUGGAGAGAUCAGCCUUGUUAAUAACAAUAGAAGAACUGAAAAAACAGAUCAUGGAGCAACACGAGAACUGUGUUCAAGUAGAACAGAACACCUGAGAACUUUGCU